AUGCUCACGCCGGAAAUGUCUCUUAAGCUAGAAAAGCUACGACUGAUUAGAACCACUGGUUAUUAUACCUUGGCGCCCAUUGGUGUGAACAAAACUAUGGCUCAAUUGGAUUUUGAGGCCCAGGAGAUGGAGGAUGAGGACUGCAAUGUCGGGCAGGCAGAGAACCUGAAUGCUAAUGUGUCUACUACUAUUUACCAAGACGCUCCCUCGGGAAUGCCCGAUGCUAGUGCUGAGCACGACCUUGACGCUGACAUUGAAGAUGUUGACGCCUCAGGAAGUUUUCAGGCUUCUUCUGACCUAUCGGAUGAUGAUGCUGUGGGGGCUCCAGACGAACGUCGAGUAUUUAAUCACAACUCCGGCUCGUUGACGGAUACUCAGGUAAUCUCUGGUGUGGUAGGAGUAAGCGCUUCCACGGCUGAAACUGACCGCAUCUCGCCUCCUGUGGUGAACUGCGAUGCUUCUGACGUGGAUAUGGUGAUUGAAGAUGACUGA